ACAGAGUUAUUCUCGUAAAAAGAGCUUUAAUGGACCCAGGGGAAGUGCAGCACAACAGUAUCUCAUUUCCGCGGGUUAGUUGUGUAUGUACUCUAAGACAGCUGACUCUGUUACUUCCUUUGCUCAGAGCUCUUCCAGCGCGUCCUCGUUUCUUUUUGCAACAACAAAACUUUCUCACUGCAAUUCCCAGCAGCCCCCUCUGCGCCUCUGGACACGCAGCAGCAGCAGCCCUCGACACGAGAAGGAGCCUGAAAGCAGGAGCUGAACUUUGCAGAGAUGGGCGCCUGCUAAUCCGCCCCCCGCUGUUAUUUCAGGAGCUGGAAGCCGACGCGCAGACGAGCGGCGGGCAGGGCGACGGCGAGGGUCCGUCAUGUCGGCUCGCAAGCAGGACCCGGCGUCGCACCGGGGCAGCGGGGCAGCGCUGAAGUGGAGACCGCCAGUCAGCUCCGUCUCGCUGAGACGCAGCUCGGCGGUGCUGCCGUCCGUGCUGACGUUUGCGGUGAUCGUGGCGUCCGGCGGCCUGCUGCUCAUGAUAGAAAAGGGGAUGUUGAAUAAUAUGGACACCCCGUCGCCCCGGGGUCCCGGCGGCAGGGCGGAUUACGCGAGGAACACCCGAACGCAAGACUCCGCCGCAGACGCGGAUUCUCAGAUAAUUCAAGAAAUAUGUAACCGUACCAUCAAGACAGUCUGCAGCCAGAAGAAUAUGCCUCACAGCGUCUGGGACUUGAGUCCCCUCCAGAGGAAGACCGUCCUUCAGCACAUUUUGGUGAACGACGAGCACAAGUUCCUGUACUGCUACGUGCCCAAAGUCGCUUGUUCCAACUGGAAGCGGGUCAUGAAGGUCCUGGGCGGCACCCUGGAGAACGUGGAAGUGAAAAUCAAGAUGGACCACAGGAGUGGCCUGGUGUUCCUGGGAGACCUGAAGCCGGAGGAGAUCAGGCACCGGCUGCAGACCUACUUCAAGUUCCUGUUCGUGAGGGACCCCAUGGAGCGGCUGCUGUCGGCCUACAGGAACAAGUUCGGGGAGAUCGAGGCCUACCAGAAGAAGUACGGCGUGGAGAUCGCCAGGAGGUACAGGAAGGACCCGGGGAACACGGCGGGGGACGACGUCACGUUCACCGAGUUCGUGCGCUACCUGUUGGACGAGGACGUGGAGCGCAUGAACGAGCACUGGAUGCCGAUUUACAACCUGUGUCAGCCGUGCGCGGUGAACUACAACUUCAUCGGCGCCUACGAGAGGCUGGAGGCGGACGCCAGCCACGUGCUGCACCGCGUGGGCGCGGCCCCCCACGUCAAGUUCCCCGAAAGGCAAACCUGGUACAAACCGGUGACGGCACAGACGGUGCACUACUACCUGUGCGGCGUGCCACAGAAACUGCUAAGGGAGCUGCUCCCGAAGUACAUACUGGAUUUCUCCCUCUUCGCCUAUCCUCUUCCCAAUACAACCAAUGAGUUUUGCAGACAUUAAGGCGACAUUUUCUGAAGGAAACCUGUGAUACGUUUAUUUUUCCUAACCCUGGUGGCUAGCAAUCUUUUAUAUAAAUGGUUAAGAUGUUACAUUGUGUUUUUUUUUUACAGCAUUGAGGUGCGUUUGUACAUAAAACAGGGAAAAACAACAAAAAAAGACCAAGUGCCAUAUUACAAUCACUGUUGAAGGUCGGAAGGUUGAAUGAUAAGUUGUUUUAGCGACCUAUCAAUUUAUAAAGAUUAUAAUGGAAAUAAAGUGCUCCAUCUGGGUGCCUUUUCUUAACA